UUGGUUGAUGCUGUGUAUUUAUUGAUCUCGUUUUCGACUAGUAUAGCUUUGUACGUGGAGAGAUACCUACCACCCCCUAUGUAGUAUCCUGCAGACAAGUCAGAGUCAGACAGACGUUGAGGGAUUUUCGUAAUAUUUUACUCUCAUAGCAAGUAAAGCUGAUCGCUGAAGAGACAGAAGCUCAGUUCGGUGAGUGCAUUCGUAGAGAUCGUUUCGCGUGUUGUAAAUUAAAUUUGUAUUACAACCUCAAGAUCAUUUUAUGAUAAACUAUGUUUUGUAGUGAACCGUCGUUUCUUGUUGUUUAGAAAGAAUUCUCAAAUAAAAAUUUAUUUUACCUUAGCAUUUAUUACCAAGUCGAAUUUCUUCGUAUGCAAUGAAAGUAAAAGUGAUAGUGGUUUUUUACAUAUUGUGUAUGAUGUAAAUAUACUAAACAAAUAGUGAAAAUCUUUACAUUACCAUAACCUUUGUGUGUCAAAAUCGGAAAAAAACUGUGAAAUUGUAAAAUAUAAUAGUAAGCACAACCAGGGAUAAUCAAAUGAGAAAUCUAAACAUGCAAUAUUUUGAAAUUGCAUCCUGUAUACGAGUAUGUGGCAUACUGGCAAUUGCAAUACAAUUUCUAACUCUCCACUUAGUGGAAGGAGAAUAUUCAAAUAAUUUACGUCAUGACGUCAAACAUGAACUUCUGGGAAGGCAUUGCAAUCACCAACAUCCUAAAGCUCAUGAGAUAUGACGAGACCGGAUCUGUCUGGAACUGUUACAGAACUCGGAUUCGACUCCCGCACUUGUUUCCGGAAUUACAAGGUGGUACACGGAGUACAACUUGAACCAAUCCAUGUAAUUCGAAAAAGAAGCAUUGAUCAACCACUACGAAUAUUGUUGGUUUAUGAUGAAUCUGUGUAUCGACUAGAUUCCGAUAAAUUUGCUCUAAUUAAUGAUACAAUACUUCCAGAAGCUGUCCGAUUCUGGGAGCAAGCAUUGAUGGUGCGUCAAACUAAAGAGAUUAUAAGACUAAAUCGAAAGUGUGAGAGCAGUCAGGUGUUUGUGAAAAAUUCUCUCACUUAUUGUAUUGAUUCAUGUAAACCGAUUACGCUUUGUGGUGAAGUACAGGUUCCGGAAGAUCAUCUAGAUGUGUGUCGCAUUUGCAAUUCAACGGGACAAGACUGUCGUGAGGAUAGUAGUACUGUCACGGGAUCAGGAAUUUCAAAUGCCGAUUUUGUGUUCUAUGUAUCAGCGCGUCAAUCCGAGCGUUGUCAUAAAGGUCUUACGGUAGCGUAUGCAGCUCAUUGUCAACAGGAAGCAGCUCUAGAUCGACCCAUUGCGGGUCAUGCAAAUCUUUGUCCUGAAAGUAUAAGUAUCAAGCCACAAGAACUGCAAACUCUUCUGUCUACUGUGAAGCAUGAAAUUUUGCAUGCGCUUGGAUUUUCAGUUAGUUUAUAUGCUUUUUUCCGAGAUGAUGAAGGGAAUCCUCGGACUCCGCGAAAGCCUGAUACAGGAAAACCAUUUCUCAACGAGAAAUUACAAAUUCAUCAGUGGAGUAAUCAAACUAUUAAAAAGGUGAUACGGAAUGAUUGGGCUGUUCGAAGUGGUUUUAUCAAUAAAACGAUUGAUAUGAUGGUAACACCACGGGUUGCUAAGGAGAUUAGAGACCAUUUCAGUUGCCAGAAACUCGAAGGAGCAGAAUUGGAGGAUCAAGGAGGUGAAGGUACGGCACUGACACAUUGGGAGAAGCGUGUACUUGAGAACGAAGCAAUGACAGGAACCCACACACAAAGUUCUGCAUUCUCACGAAUUACGCUCGCAUUGAUGGAAGAUUCAGGAUGGUACAAAGCAAAUUAUAGUAUGGCGUCGCCAUUGACUUGGGGUCGUGGAUUAGGUUGCAACUUUGCGAUGAGAAGCUGCAAAGAAUGGAUAACAACGAACAUCGCCAGGGGACGCUCCAUACAUCCAUUCUGUGCGAAGGUUAAGCGCGAUCCACUACAGACUGAAUGUACUGAUGAUAGAAGCUCAGUAGCUUUAUGCAACUUGAUUCGACACGAAAAUCCUCUGCCGCGGCAAUAUCAAAACUUUGAUUCUCUUGCGCAUGUGCCGAUAGGAGAUGAAGCCUAUUUUGGAGGAUCGGUAUCACUGGCGGAUCAUUGUCCGUAUAUACAAGAAUUCACUUGGAGAAGCAGGAAUAUUGUAGUGAGAGGUUCACAGUGUCAAUUUGAAGAUAACAAUCCGAAACCAGAGAAAAAUUUUGCUUUGGAAAAGUACGGCCCGAAGUCCAAAUGCUUUGAUCAUAGCGAACAUAUGUGGGAAGAGAGAUCUUGUCGACAGACCCGUGAAUGGCAGCAUUGGGGUUCAGGAUGCUAUCAAUACAAAUGCGAACGUGGACGACUGCAUAUUAUUAUCGCCAACUAUUCCUAUGAAUGUUUUUAUGCUGGUCAAGAGUUAAGUGUGCGUCUUAUGGCUGGUGGUUGGCUACACAAAGGCGCAGUAAUAUGUCCAUCCUGCAAAGAAAUCUGCAAUCUCGAAUUCGAACAGCGUGGGGAAAGGUGUAAAGCCAGUGAAGAGGCACCUCUGCUUGGAUAUUAUCCAAAACACCAGUUGAAAUGUAGUGCAGCUCGGACUUUAUGUACAGGAAAUAAACUAAUAUCAGUUCUAGCACUGGCUGUAAGCUUGUUAAUAAUUUUCCGCUUAGAAAGGUAAACUUCAUUUAUUUCAGUUUGUGGAAAAUAUUUUAGCACUAAUUUAUGCAAGUCUAGCAUCAUGUGAUAAUGUUUUUGUGUUUAUUUUUUCUAUUUUCUAUACACAGCAGACACUUUUAUUCUUAGUUGAGUUCUUGCAGCUACCGAGUGUAAAUACAAACAUUCUGUAAAUAGUGUUUUGCGAUGAGCAAUUUAAAAUUUGUAUAUAGCUAGGUAACAGAAGACACAUUUAAAUGAAAAUGACAGCGAGAUCGAUCUCACUAUAAUUCAAAACCAUGCAAUUUAGUUUGUAAGUAGCAAGUUUUUUCAAUUAUUGAUUUUAGUUUAGAACAAUUGUCAAUUGAAAUUCGAUUGCUUUCCCAUAUCGUCGUAUGGGGGAAGUGUUCCUUAUUUUAGUGCCGUCAUAGUUUGAGCUAGAUAUAGUGAGUGAGUUAGAAUCCGGAUGUUAUACUGCCAAAGGUUUGUUGAUCGAACAAAGUAUGUAAGAGUUAUGAGAUAGAAAUAAAAAGAUUUCAGUAUUGAUAGAAU